AUGAGGAUCUGGAUCCUACUCAAUGUCAGCUUCUACAACCUUCUUGGGAAUGCCUUCGCUGCUGGAGUGCCUCCUCUGUUUUCCCGAAUCAUCCAAGAGCUUAACUGCACUUCAGAGGAGGCAUCGCAGCUCUCAACCUAUGUUCUCCUGACUUUGGGCUUGUCUAACGUCUUCGCUCUCCCCGCCGCUUCUCUCAUCGGUAAAAGAUACACGAUCCUCGCAUCUCUUGUUUUGUUCUUCGUCUUCUGUUUGUGGUCUGCAGAAGCAUCGACGUUCGCCGACUUGAGAGCGUCUCGGAUCCUCGGCGGCCUUGCUGGCGGGCUCGUCGAGGCCUUGGGCCCCAGCUUCGUUGCCGAGAGCUUCCCGGAACAGCAACUUGCCAGCGCAAUGGUGGUAUAUGUUGGGCUCUUGGCCGCUGGCUCGGCAAUUGGUCCCAUCGUCGCGGGAGUCGUGGCCGAGGGUCUUGGCGACUGGCGAUGGUACUUCCGUAUCUUGUCGGCCAUGAUCUUUGUCACAUUUUUCGGGUCCCUCAUCAUGCUCCCGGAGACGCGAGUGGAUGAAUCUGGAGAGGUCGAGGUCGAGCUCAAUACUAUCGCCGAGGACAACCCGAAAGGACAGCUUUCAAGUCCAGCCUGCACAGAAAUUGAAACCGCCCAUGGGAGGUCAGGUGCCUCGAGCCGCCGCAUAUUGCUUGGCCAGCAGUGGAGGCUCCGAUCUUUUUCCAUGGCAUACGUCGAUAUGGAUUGGAAAAUUGCUGCAUCUAGCGUGAUCCACCCUAUACAGCUACUUGUCGCUCCACAGGUGCUGAUUACAACCCUCAUAUUUGGGCUCACGAUCGGCUGGACCGUCCUUGUCUCCAUCCUGGUCUCGGUCGUCUACAGCCCACCCCCGUUCCUAUGGGGCGCUCGCGCUAUUGGACUCCUCAGCGUUGGGCCGCUGGUCGGCCUCUUGGUCGGUCUUCCAGUGGGCGGAGCCUUGGCCGAUUACCUUUUCAACCGAGCUACUCGACGUAACGGCGGGAUAUCAGAUCCAGCUUCAAGGCUCCCGGCCGUGGUCAUUGGAGGCCUCAUUAGCCCCGCUGGGUGUUUGGUGAUUGGCUAUGGUUUACAGUCUCCAGACAAAUGGGCACAAGUCAGCGUCGGUUAUGGAAUGGUGGCCACCGGGUUGACUUGCUCGGCCAACAUUUUGCUCACCUACGCAGUCGACACCAUGCCGCCACGCGCAAGCCAGAUUGGAGUUCUGGUGAACCUGAUAAAAAACUCUGUUGGAUUUGGCGUUUCUUACGCGGCCACGAGCUGGAUGGCACAGGUAGGCCCUGUUGCCCAGUUUGGUACCAUGGCCGGGAUACUAUGGGGUGUGUACUUGCUGGUCAUUCCCCUUCAUCUUUUUAGCGACACAAUCAUCCGGAAAACAUCAUUCUUAGCGUAA